AUGACGUGGGGGUUGUACUCCUCGCCACGGAAGCUCAUGGGUACCUCCCUACCUAAUACCUCUAAUCACGUCUUUGCUCUAGCAUUGUGGGUGGGGUUCGUCCUCUAUGCACAGGAUUUCCGAGAUCUUGAUGGCGAUAAGGAGACCGGAAGCUGGACACUUCCAAUUGCUCUUGGCGAUGGCAAUGGUAGACUCCUAUUUGCCUUUGUCUGUAUGCCACUGGGUUAUAUGUCCUUGUGGUAUACUGGCAUGGCUCAAUUAGCACCCUGGACUCUUGCUGGGCUGCAUGUGCUGGUCUCGUACCGGUUUAUGACCAUGCGGAACAAGCCAGCGGAUCAUGCUUCUUACAUGUGGAUUUGCAACAUUUUCUGUAUAAUGUGUGGGCUAAGCUCAUUGGAAGCUGCGAAGUUAAUCUCUUCCGAUCGCCUACUAGAGGUGGCCUUGCCUUGGCUGCUCCUGGGACAGGGAUUGAGAGCCUGA